CAGACAUUACCCAAAAAGUGACGAAAUUGGAAGAAUUUUGUUGCCAAUUGUUACGAAACAAUUUUGGAAGAUAAAUUCAAAAAUCACAAAUCCAUUCAUCGGCAGUGUUUUAUUUUAGCUGGACUUUCUUAACCAACACAUACACACACGCACGCAAAACGCGACUGGAGUGACCGGCCUUUCGAGUAAACAUUAAAAACUGCCCGGUUUCGAACGGCGAACAUAAACAAUCCAUUUUGUUUUAAUGUCGAAUUUCACAACUUUCCGUGCGCUAGCCACAAUCGGACGUAAUACGCUCGGGCGAUUUCAGUAUUGUGCGUUCUCGUAUCCAAAUCAAUACGGAGUAAAUCGGCUCUACAGUCAGUCUACGACAACGCAAACCGACGGCACGAUGGAGGACUACAAGAACGCUAAAUCGGUGUACGACUUCACGGUGAAGGAUUCGCAAGGGGCCGACGUCAGCCUGGAGAAGUACCGUGGCAAGGUGCUGCUAAUCGUCAACAUUGCCUCCCAGUGCGGGCUAACCAAGGGCAAUUAUGCCGAGCUGACCGAGCUAUCGCAGAAGUACGCGGAUAAGGAUUUCAAAAUCCUGUCCUUCCCCUGCAAUCAGUUCGGUGGCCAAAUGCCGGAAGGCGACGGAGAGGAAAUGGUGUGUCAUCUUCGCUCGGCCAAAGCGGAAGUAGGAGACGUUUUCGCUAAGAUUAAGGUGAACGGAGACGAUGCGGAUCCGUUGUACAAAUAUUUAAAGCACAAGCAAGGUGGAAUUCUGGGCGAUUCAAUUAAAUGGAAUUUCUCCAAGUUCCUGGUAAACAAGGACGGACAGCCGGUGGAUCGCUACGCACCGACCACGUCGCCUAAGAGUAUCGUUAAGGAUAUCGAUAAGCUGCUGGAAGCGUAGAGAUGUUCACAAUAUAGGGUCAAACGAACCAAACGAUUGUAAUUUGUAAUCGUUCGUUGUAGUUGUGGUACGAGCAUUUGCAUUUGUGUUACACUUCUCUUAACGACACGUGCUUCAUGUAUCGUUGUGUAUUCUUUUCAGCUGCUUCUUUCAUCUAAUAUACCAGUGUUUUCAAAAUUCACAAAAAAAUAAACACUUUGUUCCGUAGUUUAA